CCAAGAAAAAUAGUACAAUGGAGAUCAAAAUAUAUUAGUUGCUUUACUUCAUCAACAGGUACCAUGGGAUCAGAUCAAUCAUCAUUUUCCUCUUCCUUCACCUAUGGAUGGACUUACGAUGUGUUUCUCAACUUCAGGGGCGAAGAUACUCGCUUUGAUUUUACCACAAAUCUCUACAAGGCUCUGCAUCAGAAGGGUAUUCAUACAUUUAUAGAUAACCGGGGCCUUACAUCUGGCGAACAGAUUUCAACUUCGCUUUUCAGAGCCAUCAAAGAGUCCAGAAUUGGUAUCAUUGUUUUCUCCAAAAACUAUGCUUCCUCACCAUUUUGUUUGGACGAGCUUGUUCAGAUCCUUGAGUGUAUAAAGAAAAAUGGUCGAUUGGUUUUGCCUAUUUUCUACGACAUGGAUCCAUCAGAAGCGCGACAUCAAACCAAAAACUUUGGGGAAGCGUUUGCCAAGCUUGAGAAAAGGUUUGAGAAUGACAAGGUGCGAAAAUGGAGGAUGGCUUUGCAAGAUGCUGCUGAUAUUUCUGGUUUCCAUUUUAAGCAAGGGCUUGAACUUGAAUCUGAUUUCAUUGAGGGGAUCAUUAAAGAAAUCUCAAGGAGGUUGAAUCAUCAACCUUUCCAUAUUGCUAACUAUCCGAUUGGACUUGAGUCUCGAGUGCCAAAAGUAAUUUCCCUUCUAGCUGUUGGAUGCAACAAGGGAGUCAAAAUGGUGGGGAUUUGUGGAAUUGGCGGGAUUGGAAAAACAACACUCGCUCGAGCAGUGUGCAAUAUGAUUGUUGACCCAUUUGAAGCCUUCUGUUUUCUUGCUGACGUUAGAGAAAAUUCAAUUAAAAAUGGCCUUGUUUAUCUCCAGAAAAAACUUCUUUCCCAAGUGAUUGGGAAGGGUAUCAACAUUAGUGAUGUCAACGAAGGAAUCUCAAUAAUAAAACUGAGACUCCAACGGAAGAAGGUUCUUCUAAUUCUUGAUGAUGUUGAUAAGCCAAAACAAUUACAAGCAAUUGUUGGGGCACCUGAUUGGUUUGGUUCUGGAAGUAGAAUUAUUGUGACAACAAGAGAUAAGCAUUUGUUGGCAAGACAUGGCAUUGAAAGAAUUUAUGAGGUAGAGAGCUUAAAUCAAGAAGAAGCCCUUGAAUUGCUUAAAUGGAACGCCUUUAGAGAAAAUAAAGUUGAUGCAAGUUACAAGGACAACUUAAACAAUGUCGUAUUGUAUGCUUGUGGUCUUCCAUUAGCUUUAGAAGUUAUAGGUUCCAACUUAUUCAAUAAGGGAAUAAAUGAUUGGAAUUCUGCAUUAGAAAAUUACCAAAGAAUUCCCAUUAAAGAGAUCCAGCAAGUACUCAAAGUAAGCUAUGAUUCUUUAGAGGAAUAUGAGCAAGAAAUUUUUCUUGACAUUGCUUGUUGUUUUAAAGAAGACAGCUUAGAAUAUGUCAAAAGUGCUCUAUAUGCUCGAGGUAUAUGUCCAGAUUAUGAUAUUAAUGUGUUGAUUGAUAAAUGUCUCAUAAAGAUUGAUUCUGGUCGUGUGACAAUGCAUCAAUUAAUUCAAGACAUGGGUAGAGAAAUUGUUCGACAACAAUCACCAAAAGAGCCUGGAAAACGCUCUAGGUUAUGGUAUCAUAAAGACAUCAUUCAUGUUUUGGAAGAAAACAAGGGAACUGAGAAUAUUGAAGCCAUAAAUUUGGACAUGCCUGGAGAUGAAGAGAUUAAUUGGAGUGGAAUGGCUUUCAAAAAGAUGCCAAAUCUUAAGAUUCUUAUGGUUAGAAAUGCAAGAUUUUCCACAAGUCCCAAGCAGCUUCCAAAUAGUUUAAGAGUGCUAGAUUGGAAGAAAUAUCCUUGUUCAUCUUUUCCACCUGAUUUUUAUCCCAGGGAACUCAUUAUCCUCAAGAUGCCUCAGAGUUUCCUCAUACUGGAUGAACCAUUCAAGGGGUUUCAAUCAGUGAGUGUGAUGGAUUUCAGAGGCUGUAAAUUUUUAAGAGAAGUUCCUAACUUAGAUGGAGUCCCAAAUUUGAAGGAACUAUGUCUUUCAAACUGCAUCAAUUUAAGUAAAUUUCAUGCUUCCGUUGCAUUACUAAACAAACUUAAAAGGUUAAGUGUCAAAAAUUGCAAGAAGCUUGAGAGCUUUCCAGGCAUUAGGUUGUUAUGCCUUGAAUUUCUUGAUCUCUCAUGGUGCUCCAGCCUUCGAAGAUUCCCAGAGAUAUUACAACCCAUGGAAAAUAUUAGAGACAUUCGUCUAGACUAUAGUGGCAUAGAAGAAUUGCCACUGUCAUUCAAAAAUCUGAUUGGCUUGCAAAAAUUAAAACUUUCAUACUGUGAUGUUCUUCGAAAAGUUAGAGCCAUUCCGCCAAACUUGAAAGAAUUGGAGGUGGUGGACUUGAAUUUGAAGUCUGGUAGCGUAUUGCUGAAUCAGGCAUUACGAGAGGUUGAUGACUUGAGGUUUGUAAUACAAGAAGACAGGAUGCCAGAAUGGUUUGAUCACUAUACUAAGGGAGGUUCAAUGUGUUUCUGGAUCCGAAACAAGUUCCCAAACAUGGCCCUUUGUUUUGCCGGAAAAGUUGAUGAUGAAAGAUAUUUUAGAAAGCCUUGUCUGGAUGGUUGGCUCUCUAUCAAUGGCAAACUCAUUGAGAAUCUAGAGCGUCAUGUAAUUGAUGGAAGAAUUACAUCACAACAUGUGUUUCUGUUUGAUUUUCGACGCCUAGUUCCUGAGGACAAACUAAAGAGUGUGGUCUUAGAGCGUCAAUGGAACCACGUUGAGAUUUCUUAUUACUUGACUCAUAGGAAGAAGCACUUACCAGCAGCAUGGGGUGGGAUAUAUGUGUACAGGGAGAAAUCUAGAAUGGAAGAUAUCAAAUUCAAAAACCCUAAUGGGGAAUCUCUCCACAGUUCUGCAAAGUUAAUCUUGCGCAGGAACAAGUGGCCCCAUGUUGAUUUCAGAGUCAUCAAAAGCAGUCCUAACGUAAACGGUUUGCUUGUCCUUGUCUGCCGAGUCCUGUUGCUGCUACUUAGUAGUUUGUAGUUUCUUCUAGAUUUUCCUUUCAAGCUUUUGCUUACCUUUGUAGUCCCAAAAAAAAAUAUUUUUAUACUACCAUUUAUACCUCAU